GAGGAGGAAGGGGAGGUAACGCGGUGGGAUUCGCGGGCGGCUCAGGGGCCGGAGGAGCGGGUGAGCCCGGGAUGAGCUGAGGCGAGMGGAGCGCAGCGCCGGCAUGGAGGCGACGGCGGCGGACGCUUACGCCUACGGCUUCGACAACGAAACGGACUGCGAGUAYGCCGAGUGGGGCCCCUCGGUGGCCCUGCUGCCCACCAUCUACCUGCUGGUCUUCCUGCUGGGCACCACGGGCAACGGGCUGGUYCUCUGGACCGUCUUCAAGGGCGGCCGCGAACGCCGGCGCUCGGCCGACACCUUCAUCGCCAACCUGGCCGUGGCYGACCUCACCUUCGUGGUCACCCUGCCCCUCUGGGCCGCCUACGCCUGGCUGGGCUACCACUGGCCCUUCGGCACAGCCGCCUGCAAGGUCAGCAGCUACCUGGUUUUCGUCAACAUGUACGCCAGCGUCUUCUGCCUGACCGGCCUCAGCUUCGACCGCUACCUGGCCAUCGUCCGGCCGCUGGCCACCGCCAAGCUGCGUUCGCGGGUCAGCGGGCUGCUGGCCACCGUGGCCCUGUGGCUGCUGGCGGCCCUGCUGGCCCUGCCCGCCUUGGUGCUGCGGCGGGCGGCCGCCCUGGGCGGGGACACCAAGAUCACCUGCUACAUGGACUACGGGGACCUGGCGGCGCAGGGCACGGAGGGCGCCUGGGAGGUGGGGCUGGGGCUCUCCUCCACCGCCCUGGGCUUCGUGGCCCCCUUCGCCGUGAUGCUGACCUGCUACUUCUUCAUCGCCCGCACCGUGGCCACUCACUUCCGCCGGGAGCGGGCCGAGGGGCCCCGCAAGCGCAAGCGGCUCCUCACCAUCAUCACGGUGCUGGUGGCCGCCUUCGGGGGCUGCUGGCUGCCCUUCCACCUGGUCAAGACCCUCUACGUGCUGAUGGACCUGGAGGUGCUGCCCUGGUCCUGCGCCCUCCACACCUUCCUCAACAACCUCCAUCCCUACUGCACCGGCAUCGCCUACAUCAACAGCUGCCUCAACCCCUUCCUCUACGCCUUCUUCGACCCCCGCUUCCGCCACGCCUGCGCCGCCCUCCUCUGCUGCCGGACCCCCGGCUCCGGCCCCGAGCGCUCCGCCAGCUACUCCUCGGGGCACAGCCACCCCCCCGGCGGCAAGGGGGGCCCCGGCCCGGGGGGCAAGCUGGACCCCGCCACCCAGGAGACGCUCUUCCGCGCCUGAGUUCCCCCUCCCGACCGCCCCCGGCGCCCCCCGAGCUGGUCUCCUCGGGGGGACCCCUCACCUCCGCCUCGCCCCAGAGCCUGGCUUGCUUUGGGGGUGCCCCGCUGGAAAGCGCUGCUCGCGGGAAGGGGAAACUGAGGCGCAGCCGGGGAGGAGCCCCUGGGGGGCUCAGGUGGGGGCGGCUCCCCCGGCACCCCCAGGGCUUUGUGUUUUGUGUCAAAUAAAUGAAUUUUGGU